AAGGGAGUCAGUGAAGACGUCCUGGAGGAGAAGAUUCCAGAGCCUGAGAUGUGAAGUAGGUUAGGUAGCCAGAGACAAGGCAAAGAAGGGCCAUUUUCAUCAGAGAACAGCAUAACAUUGGCAGAGGUCUGACAUGUCAUUUCCUGUUACUAGAAUUGGGGAGUGACCAGUAGAUUCUUUAAUUUGUUUAUUCAUUCGUGCAGUCCUUCACCUCACACCUGUUCAGGGUCCGUCCGGCUGGGCUCUGGACAUAGGGUGGAAGAAAACCAUCUGAGCAGAGGCCGCGUGGACUGUCACCUCUGUCAGGGGUGCCAGGGCUGCCAGAGGACAGCUGUUACUUAUGGGUGGCGGCGUGGUGAGGUCGCACAACACAGAGCUGCCCUGCUGUGUCCAUGCCCUGGUGCCUCCCUGUUGUCACCAUGUGCCUUGGGCAAAUGGAGGCCUCAGGUCCCAGACAUAGGCUCUGUCAGUGGUGGUGGCGGUGGUUGUACCUGCUCCGGGCUGCUGUGAGGGAGGGAUGGGCUCCGGCCACAGGCAUGCAAGGUCCCCUUGCAGAGGACCUCCCGCACCUGCUGAGGAAUGUGUACAGCCAUCUGGAGGGUGUUCUCCCCCUGGCCCUCCCUGUAGUCCAGCUGAGUCCACGUCCUUCUGCCCCUUUUCAAUGUUCCUUUCUCACAGAACCUUGUCCUGGAGGUGCACUCGGGCCCAGGUUCUUCCUCCUGUGGGGUGCCAAGCCCUCCUCCACCACGCAUGAUGGUGUGUUUUCCGUUACUCUUCCUCCUAGAGCACCGGUGCCCGCCCUGACGGCGGUUCCCCACAGUGAGAUUGAGUAUCCUUUAUCUGAAAUGCUUGGGACUAGAAGUGUUUCAGAUUCUGAUCUUUUUGGAUUUUGGCAUAUUUGAAUAUGCAUAAUUGGAUAUCUUGGGGAUGAGACUUAAGUGUAAACACAAAAUUCUUUUCAUGUACACCUUAUACACAUAGCCUGAAGGUAGUUUUAUGCAAUAUUCUUAAAUAUUUUGUGCAUGAAACAGAGUUUUGACUGUGACCCGUCACGUGAGGUCAGUUGGGGAAUUUUCCUCUUGUGGUGGUAUGUUGGUACUCAGAAAGUUUCGGAUUUUGGAGCAGUUUGGAGUUUUGGAUUAGGGAUGCUCCAUUUGAAUAUCCUUUUUAUAUACAGCACAUGGUCAGUGCUCACUAAACUUAGUAUUGCAUGAAUGAAUGAAAACCAAAGGUCAUUUACUAAGCUUGCUACUAUUUCAGAAGCCUCUUUUUCUGAAUUUGGUUCUACGGUCAGUGGUUUAGUAUUUCAAGAGCUCUGACCACAUAAUGGUUGUUACCACACUGUGAAGGUGGCUGGGUGUUCAGUGAUUGCUGCCCACAGAGGACCUGGAAGUGCUUGCUGUACUUGGUUUUCUGGAAUGGAAAUCAUGGCUCAUUCCCAGGAGCCCCUCAGCAGGGGCUUUGAGUCUGGUGCUAAGCAGCAGAUGUGCAGAUUCCCGCAGGGCGUACCUGAGCCCGGAGAGGGGGCGUCGUAGCGCACAGCGCACUCGUUUCCGCAUUCCCACCCCGCAUGGCCGGUUGUCACAGCCAUCCUCCAGUAAAAACCACAAACCAGUCAACCUCUAGGAGACAGGUAGGAAAUCUAGAAAAAGCCUCAGGUGUUCACAGCAUUUUUUAAAGAUUCUUUAAAAAUCUUUGUGAUUGGAAAGACUGCUUCCUGUGCCAGAGAGUCUCUCUCCAGCGCUUUUGCUUCUGAGGUUGGUAGCUUUCAGAAAGACUGCAAUGCAGCGGUUACCAAAGUCCUUGUUAAUAUGGAAACAACUCGUGGUGAAGCCUUUUGCUCCCCUUCACAACUGCUGACUGUUGCCUGCAGUCGGAAGGAGGAGAUAAUGAAGGUAAUACUCCUCCGGACCUGGCAGUUUAGUGAUUAGAACGUACGCGAUUCUGUGAAUGCUGUGGCUGGCACAGCAUGUCCUGCAGCAGCUCUGUCAACUUACUGAUGCAGUGGGCUUCCUGGGAACGUGAAGCUGAAGAUGUCUUUGCAGUUUGUGCACGAUAAUUUUGUUUUCAUCUCUCUGUUCAGAUGGUGGAUUAUAAGAAGAUGAGGAAAAUGAGGCCCAAAGAAGUGAUGCCACUUGGUUAAGGUCCCAGAGCAGGUCAGAAUCAGAUCUAGGAUCAGAAACCUGGCUCCUGGCUCCUGGCUCCCUACUCUUCUAAGGAUCGCUGUCCUGACAGAAGAGAACUCCUCUUUCCUAAAAUGGAGUCGAGUAAAAAGAUGGACUCUCCUGGGGCGCUGCAGACUAACCCGCCGCUAAAGCUGCACACUGACCGCAGUGCUGGGACGCCAGUUUUUGUCCCUGAACAAGGAGGUUACAAGGAAAAGUUUGUGAAGACCGUGGAGGACAAGUACAAGUGUGAGAAGUGCCGCCUGGUGCUGUGCAGCCCGAAGCAGACUGAGUGUGGGCACCGCUUCUGCGAGAGCUGCAUGGCGGCCCUGCUGAGCUCUUCAAGUCCAAAAUGUACAGCGUGUCAAGAGAGCAUCGUUAAAGAUAAGGUGUUUAAGGAUAAUUGCUGCAAGAGAGAAAUUCUGGCUCUUCAGAUCUAUUGUCGGAAUGAAAGCAGAGGUUGUGCAGAGCAGUUAACGCUGGGACAUCUGCUGGUGCAUUUAAAAAAUGAUUGCCAUUUUGAAGAACUUCCAUGUGUGCGUCCUGACUGCAAAGAAAAGGUCUUGAGGAAAGACCUGCGAGACCACGUGGAGAAGGCGUGUAAAUACCGGGAAGCCACGUGCAGCCACUGCAAGAGUCAGGUUCCGAUGAUCGCGCUGCAGAAACACGAAGACACCGACUGUCCCUGCGUGGUGGUGUCCUGCCCUCACAAGUGCAGCGUCCAGACUCUCCUGAGGAGCGAGUUGAGUGCACACUUGUCAGAGUGUGUCAAUGCCCCCAGCACCUGUAGUUUUAAGCGCUAUGGCUGCGUUUUUCAGGGGACAAACCAGCAGAUCAAGGCCCACGAGGCCAGCUCCGCGGUGCAGCACGUCAACCUGCUGAAGGAGUGGAGCAACUCGCUCGAAAAGAAGGUUUCCUUGUUGCAGAAUGAAAGUGUAGAAAAAAACAAGAGCAUACAAAGUUUGCACAAUCAGAUAUGUAGCUUUGAAAUUGAAAUUGAGAGACAAAAGGAAAUGCUUCGAAAUAAUGAAUCCAAAAUCCUUCAUUUACAGCGAGUGAUAGACAGCCAAGCAGAGAAACUGAAGGAGCUUGACAAGGAGAUCCGGCCCUUCCGGCAGAACUGGGAGGAAGCAGACAGCAUGAAGAGCAGCGUGGAGUCCCUCCAGAACCGUGUGACUGAGCUGGAGAGCGUGGACAAGAGUGCGGGGCAAGUGGCUCGGAACACAGGCCUGCUGGAGUCCCAGCUGAGCCGGCAUGACCAGAUGCUGAGUGUGCACGACAUCCGCCUAGCCGACAUGGACCUGCGCUUCCAGGUCCUGGAGACCGCCAGCUACAAUGGAGUGCUCAUCUGGAAGAUUCGCGACUACAAGCGGCGGAAGCAGGAGGCCGUCAUGGGGAAGACCCUGUCCCUUUACAGCCAGCCUUUCUACACUGGUUACUUUGGCUAUAAGAUGUGUGCCAGGGUCUACCUGAACGGGGACGGGAUGGGGAAGGGGACGCACUUGUCGCUGUUUUUUGUCAUCAUGCGUGGAGAAUAUGAUGCCCUGCUUCCUUGGCCGUUUAAGCAGAAAGUGACACUCAUGCUGAUGGAUCAGGGGUCCUCUCGACGUCACUUGGGAGAUGCGUUCAAGCCCGACCCCAACAGCAGCAGCUUCAAGAAGCCCACUGGAGAGAUGAAUAUCGCCUCUGGCUGCCCAGUCUUUGUGGCCCAAACUGUUCUAGAAAAUGGGACAUAUAUUAAAGAUGAUACAAUUUUUAUUAAAGUCAUAGUGGAUACUUCGGAUCUGCCCGAUCCCUGAUGAGUAGCUGGGGAGGUGGAUUUAGCAGAAGGCAACUCCUCUGGGGGAUUUGAACCGGUCUGUCUUCACUGAGGUCCUCGCGCUCAGAAAAGGACCUUGUGAGACGGAGGAAGCGGCAGAAGGCGGACGCGUGCCGGCGGGAGGAGCCACGCGUGAGCACACCUGACACGUUUUAUAAUAGACUAGCCACACUUCACUCUGAAGAAUUAUUUAUCCUUCAACAAGAUAAAUAUUGCUGUCAGAGAAGGUUUUCAUUUUCAUUUUUAAAGAUCUAGUUAAUUAAGGUGGAAAACAUAUAUGCUAAACAAAAGAAACAUGAUUUUUCUUCCUUAAACUUGAACACCAAACACACACACACACACACACACACACACACACACGUGGGGAUAGCUGGACAUGUCAGCAUGUUAAGUAAAAGGAGAAUUUAUGAAAUAGUAAUGCAAUUCUGAUAUCUUCUUUCUAAAAUUCAAGAGUGCAAUUUUGUUUCAAAUACAGUAUAUUGUCUAUUUUUAAGGCCUCAUCUGGUCUCUGUUUUAAUAAUUUGUUUGUCAGAAGACCCUGAAGUAUAUACCUAGGUCUUUUUUUUGAAAGUCUCCAAAUUCAGAAUCAUUUUUUAAUUUAAAGUUCUACAAAUAAUUGUUACUGCAAACAUUUUAUUUUAAAACGUUGAUAGACUGACAUUUCUUGGAAGAAAAUAUAAAAUAUCAAACACUGGUUAUCACUUGUGAUAGGAAAGAGAAUAUUCAACCUGUUGUUAUUUCUCGUUAGAAAUGUAAACCUUCAAAUAUCUGUCGUAGUUAAUGACACGACUUCACAAUUCUGAACGGAGCCUCGCUCAUGGAUGCUGUGCAUCAUUUUCAGAUUUAUAAUUGUUUUCACCCUAAAAUAGGGCAUCCGUUGAACUUUGAAGUUCUAAACAAAAUCCUGUAGGUGUUUGGAUUCUGCCCCAUGUGUUCGGACGAGCUCUCUGUUGCUGACAGCACCGGCCUUCGGUCUCCAUGUCAGGGGUGGGCGGGUGACUGCUGAGGGAGGCCCGCAGGUGUGUUUCUCCAUCCCGUCAUCUUGCUGCAUGCCGUCAACGGUCUCCGAAAGCAACGUGUGCGUAGAGCUGGUGGCAUACGGCCCACGUGCCUUAGAUGGGACAUGCUGCUUCUCCACCCUGGGUUUGCGUUGAGCAUCAUUCUAGAAAGUGCUAGUUUAACCAGACUUUUCUCUCCACCACUAGAUCUUUGUCUCUACAAGGGCCCUCAGACACCUCUGCACCUGCUGAGGGGAAGCCAGGCUCCACCGUCGGCUUCUGGAGCCUCCGCUGCUUAAUUACCACAGAUUCCAAAUCUCUAGGCCCCACGAGUGAGCCGCCUGGUCCAAGUACGGCCUGGUCCCACUCUGAGGGAGGCAGGUGUGGAACAGAAGCCGAGCCUCUCCAUGUCCCCACCGGGGCCGUGGGCACCCCCACAGCCCGAAGCAGAACCCUCUGAGCAUUCCAGAGACCGCUGCUCGGGGGCCUGCCCAGGCUGACCAACGGGCGCUCCUGACCACCACCCUGGCGGGAAGGGUGGCCACAGGGCCCGUCGUCCCAGCCUGUGCCUGCCCGGAUGGCAUUUUCUCAACUCACUGUUUACUGUCUCUCAGUGUCCAACUGUGAUUAGAAGCCUGGAGCCCGCCCCCUGCACCCCUUUUGCUAUGCACCACGCUUCAUGGUGCUCUUACCACUGAUGGGUGCUACACGCGACGGGUGCUUCUUAGGCAAAACCAAUGUGUGCGAACUGUCACACCUGUGCCACUCGCCCACAAGCCGCGCCCACAAUUGGCCAGCUGGGCCGUGCACGUCAGACUGCCUGCCUCGGCUCUGCCCGUGGCCGCGCAGGGACAGCUUGGUGGGUGCCCGGUGGCCCACCUGUCUCUGGUGCUGCCAUCUGUCCUGGGUGUGCCUUCGCCCCAGUGCCUGCUGGAAGUGCCCUCCGUCGCACCCCUGUGCCCUGAGCUCCCGUGAGGGGCCCGCCGCGCCCUUUCGCGGUCGAAGCGUUCCGUUGUUCUUAUCUGCCUUUCCUUUCCCCGCUCUCCUGGGAUUACUUUGGGGGAAUGAGUAUCCUUGGUUCUGCCCUGUGAGGGAGUCGUAUGUCCCUGCUCAUAAAGGAAGGACUUCCUGCAGAAGCUGCGGAAAACUACUGUUCCCUCGAAGGUGUCCCCCACCUCAGGCCUGUCCCCUACCUGCCCUCAGGUAGUUUUCCUAAGACCAGGGGUUAACAACAGGGACAUCCCUGCAACUUCCCCUUCACAAAAUGUAUAAUAUUAGAUGAAGGAUAUGCAACAUCUUGGUCUAGUAAGAACCGUUUCCUCCCCUCUGGGUUGAAGUCCUGGUGUGGCCCCCAGAAGCAGCAGUGCGUGUCACUGGGACGUCUCCAGUAGCCCUUCCCAGGCAGAUGCUCCUGGCGGGACGCCAUGGGGCCCACCUGAGGGUCCCACAGACGUAACCUGAGUGACAGGAGUCCUUGAGGAUGGGAUAGCCCGUGUCACACACUUUGUCCUUGAACCUGAGUGAUGGGGGUCCUUGAGGAUGGGAUGGCCUGUGUCACACGCUUUGUCUUUGUGUUUGGUUGUAUCGGGGUCUCUGUUCUGAGUGUGUCUUCCUCUCAUGUACUCAACACAGUGGGCAGCAGCCUGGGACGGCAUCCCCUCUCCCGGCGGCGGGCAAGCCUUGCGCUGCUCCACCCUUGGCCCGGGCACCCUCACUUGGCGCUGGCCACCUGGGCCAGCCUGGGGCCAUGGUCUCCCUGCAGCUGAGGCCCAGUGGCCCCUUGGGCAGUGAUCGGCCCUCCCCGCGUCACAGGGCCCUGGCAGCAAGCGGGAAAGGGGGGCGCACACUGUGUGCUUGGGGGUGCUGCUUGUUUACCACACAUGACCAGACUCCCAGCAGGACAGAGCUGCUCAGUACUUUACAGAAACCAACUGAGUCGUUUGUGCAUGAAUUAAGCUGGUCUGCUUCCCCUUCACCUUCGUAACAAAACAACGUCCCCUCUCCCCUCGCCUCGAGCAGUUUCUUCAGGACACCGUGGCUCGGCCUGCUCCCUGCUGCCAGGCACGCUGGGUGGCUGGCCUGGGCCCGGCUCACGCGAAGGGCACUGGCUCUUGUGACCACACUGAGCCACGUGCAAGCCGCAGCCGGGCCUGGAAGCCUGACCCUCUGGUUCUAGGGCUUGUCCAGCAGAGCCUGCAGAGCUAGAAGUUGGGGUGUGUCCGUGAUGACAUGGGGGCCAGGCUUGGAGUCGGGCCUUUCUAGCAGAGUUGGGUGGCUCAGUGAGGGUGUGGAAGUGGGGGACCCACGGGGCCUGGCUUUGGGACCAGACAUGCCAGCCCCAGCUGGGCUGGAGGGAGCCUGAGUGAGCCCCAACAUACGCUGGGCCUUUCAGCUUGCCGUGCUCUGGUGACACACAGGCGGGCAGGUUGGGAUUUGUGUCAAUUCUAGGAGCCAUCAAGCAUGAAAGUGGUUCUGUCUCCUGAGCGCAAGCCUCGCCGGACCCCUGGGCAAAGGCCUGGACUUGCAGAUGUGUGUUCCCUGUGCGGGUGGACAGAGGGGGCCCUUAUGACCCAGAUUGCAGCCCCAUUCCACCACCCCUUCCUCCCCAGAGCAGCCUCUGCCGAGGGACAGCACCUGUGUCCCUUCGAUGCCACAACAGCCAGUUGAACAGGGGAGCCCUUUGCUCAGGCAGCUUCUCCUGCCUCUCCCUCCUUUCUCCUUCCCUGCCCCAUCCCCGUGCCCUUCUUGGCCUGUGGCGCUGGGGAGCCAUGGUGUGGCAUACUGCAGCUCCUGCUCCUUGGGCCACUUCCUCAGCCCGGGCCCCACAGGCCCACCACCUGCCAGGGCUCCCACUGCACUGGCUGUGGCAGGAGGCUUCCCCAUGACCCCGUGUGGCCCAGCUCGGUGAGGAUGCAGUUCCAGGCACAGCCCCUGGGACAGCCAGCUGCCUCCCAGACCACCUCAGCCUGCUCCAGGGUCCUCAGUCACCCUGGGCCAGGGGCCACGUGUCCCAUGGAUGUCGACCAUGCCAAUGUCACAUUCCAGCACCCCUUUUGCUUGAUGGCGUCUGGUGGUAGUCAGCAUGGUGGACCCACAUCCUACAGCCAGAGGUGAUGUUGGACAAAGGAAGGGGGGUCUGGAUGGGUCCUUAACCAUUCUGUCCCCAGCGGGGUCAUUCCUUGUCAGCCCAAGGGAGGGCCGGGGAGUACACUGAUCCCAACAGCUGGGCUGACACCUCCUUUCUCCCCUGCACGGGGAGGAUUGGCGUGAGGACCGUCACCCUGUGCACAGCCCCAGUAGGGUGGCAGUGCCACUGUCUCCUUGGACCGUUGCAGGGUUGGGCGGGUGCAGACUCCCCUUGUGGGCCCCUUGCUCAAUCCCCGGCCCUCCCAGACUCCUCCCUCUACUGGGGGUAAUUUGUGUGUCAGAAGGGCUCUGGCAGUGCUGUAAAAUACUGUUUUUUAAAAAUUUUAGUCCAGAUGUUUACUUAUUAGACUGCAGAAGGAGAGCUAGGGAGAGUGGUGGGAGCCCCCUUGCUUUUGUGUCUGUGAGAUGAUUGAGGGUCUGUCACCCAAAUCUACUUCUCAGCCCAUGACCAUAGUUCUUGUUUUCCGUUUGCAAAUCUCAGUAGCUCUGUUUUCUCCAAAGUAGAAUGCGCCCACCGGGGUCCUAGCCAGGCGAGGUCAGUGUCGGCAGGCUACCUGGUCAUUAUUGCUGCCUCGUCCAGGCUGAUGCUGAUGGUCACAGGCACGGUGGCAUCAGGGAGCCGGGCCAGCAGGCGGCGUGAGGCGGGGCCAGCAGCUCACUGCAAGGGCAUUUUCCACCUGAUCCUGGUGUGCCCCACAUGCGGUUGCAGGGCAGACGUGUGAAGCCUCGGCCGUCUCGGGGCUGGCAGGUGUGCGGGUGAGGAGGCCCCGGUGGCCAAGCAGAGCCUGCGUUUCAUUUCUCCUGCUGCACUGUGUCUAGUCUGUCUUGUGAACUCUCACCGUGAAAAGAGGCUAGAAGUCCAGGAUGGCUGUACCACUCCUGUAAUUAGGUGAUGACUGGAUUUGACAACUUAGUCCUCUCAGACAAGUAAGAUACCCUCCAACAGCAAAUUCAAUGACUUAAUUGGAAAACACUCAAGCUGGCAUGAUGUCCGGUGAUUUCUGUAAGAAAUGCCUGUAGGGGAAGGUCUGUGAAGUGUGGAGGGCAGUGUGGACGCUGCACAGCAUCUGCACAUUCGCAGCCUCUUCUCUGCCGGUGCCUCUGUUCGGUUCUGUUACCCAAAAACAAAGACCAAAGAAGGCCAAUCUCUCAUUUGACCCUGUCUUUUUAAUCUGCCUGUUUUAAAAGUUGCGUCUGUAGUAGCCGCUUGCUGUGAGGACACAUCUUGACAGUCCAAGUGAUUUUGUGACCAGUGAUUUGGGUCCUGUUUUCCGCUCUUCUAAGAAAAAACAAAAAGACCGUGAGUUAUUGCCCAGCAAUAAUCAUGUUGUUACUGUGAGUUAGCAACAUGCCUGACUUCCUGAUAGCAUUACUGUUUUCUAGUUUUGUUUAUUGUAUAUUAUGUGUGGUUUUAUUUGGUAUUUAUUUGUGUUUUGAGGUCUUGCAAUGUUUUUGUGUUUCUGAUGCUAAUAACUAAAGUUUGUAAGACUGUAGAAUGCAAAACUCGGAGAUGCUAAACUGUCUUAUUAGAGGAAAAUAAAUCUGAUUAUGGA